GCUCUUAAUCAUUGGAAACAGGCAGCAAACGCACGGUUCAGCGCGCUGGACACUCUUCUCGCAUCCUCUGGCCCCAGCACUAGUUACACAGAUUUUAUGAAGAAUGCAGAUGAGGAAAUUUCCGCAUUGCUAAUGGUACUGGCCUCUUCUCGCAUGCGACGGAACAGAUUCCUAUUUGUCUCACGUCUUCCUCCCGAGCUAUUGGCACGCAUAUUCUCCUUUUCAGCGGCAAUUGACCCACCCUCGUCUUCAGCUUUGGGAUGGAUCACGGUAACUCAUGUCUGCAGUCACUGGAGGCAAGUUGCAUUGGACCAUUCGACACUUUGGGCGAAUGUCAGCCUCGAGAUUGGCUCUCGAUGGUCUGAUGAGAUGAUCCAACGUGCAAAGCUAGCACCAUUGAUCAUCACACCUCCUAGGUUUUUCACUCAAGCAGUCAGUGAGAUUGCUGUACGCAUUCUGCAUUCCCAUCUAGGUCGCACAACAGAACUCCGUUUGACCAGCCGUAAGGUGUUUCUUCCGCCCAUGGAGACAUUCACAGCCUCGGCACCAUUGUUGGAAGAGGUGUGCAUCUCAUCAAUACACGAAUAUGUGCGCCUCCCUAAUGAUCUAUUCGGUCAUAAUGCCCCUCGCCUUCGCUCAGCGUGUUUCCGUGGAUGCAUCAUUCCUUGGUCCUCUCCGCUUUUGCGCAAUUUGACCCAUUUGGACAUUGCACUUUCAUCACAGGGUUCCAACAUGGACACGGCCCCUAAUCUUCCCUCACAUGAAGAGUUCUUCGAUCUACUGGCGAAUAUGUGUCGUUUGGAAUCUUUAUCCAUCGAGGAAUACUUUCCUCGGUCCCUCCCGGAAGCAACUGCGUCCAGUCGAAUGAGAUAUCCUGUCAUCAAACUACCCCAUCUAUCGGUUCUAGGGCUGACCGGUCAAUGGUCGGACUGUGCCCCCGUUCUCAGAAGCAUUGAAGUUCCCGCAACAUCGAGAAUCAGUCUUGACUGCCUUGAUUUGGAUAGCAAUAUUUUCGACAGCGUGCUUCUCCCGAUCGUCGAGAGACAUAGCGGCAAGACGGGAGAGGCGUUGCCUAUGCGCACCCUUCGUAUAGGCAUUGUGUCUGGCCUGGGCUACUCGUUUCAAAUUUAUCUCCGCUACUCCAAUGUGGUCGCCUCUCUAGAGACCCUUCACGCGAUCCUACAAGCUCUUCACAUCCAGGAACUGUCAUUACUGGUUUUGGGGUUUUGGACGCGGGCUCCCAAGGACUUCCUCGCGAUUUUCGAACCGCUGAAAUCAGCCCAGCGCUUGGAGCACAUAAUGUACGAAGAUGACGCUUGCUCCCUUUUCCCCUCUACGCUUGCGCACACGUCCGUGUCCGAGAGCGGGCCCGACAAUGCUCACGACCAGGCAAUACCCUUUCCCCGACUUCGAUUUAUCGAACUCUGGACUAACGCUCUCGGGGAUGGAUCGGCACUGCGCUAUAAUGGUGCAGCUGGCCGGGUGGGCCCUGUGGAUAAGCUGGUGGAAACUCUUGAACGACGCGAAGCGUUGGGAGUUCCCUUAGAACGCCUUGAAAUUCACAUCGAUCCAUCCAGGACCGAUCCCGGAUACCUGGAUCAACUCAAAGCCGCCACUCAGAACACCGUAAUUGAAGUUCUGGACCAGUGAUGUCCAGAGAAGCUUCGUCGAAGAGGUUUUGCAAGGGCAUGCCACUAAUUGGCAGGGCUAUGGGUGAUUGGAUAUCGAGUCAUAAAUAUGGUUUCCCAGUCAAGGUGCAGCAAGUACGUACUAUUGGAGCAGAAUGUGGGGGGUCUCCAGAAUCCGUGUGCGACGAUCAGCCCCGCGCGGUGAAUAUAGAUCCUACGCAGUGCUCUAGCGUUGAAAAUUGAACGUUCCAAAUACCAGUGUUCAGCUUCCGCGAUACAAGUCACUAGCAUCGUCGCACUGUCGAUGCUUCACGAUAAUGAGCGAUUGGAAGCCAUUCGAUUUAGUCGAAAGC